GAGAGGAUUCGUUCGACUUGACGUACUAAGGAGGCGUUGGCUGAUCCAGUGACAUUCUGUUCGAACAAGAAAAAGCUCCUAAGUCCGGUGGAAUAAUCUAUUAAUCGUCAUAAAAAUCGGACUCGAUCGCGUUCAUAAACCUACUCUACCUCUUGCUUUUAUUUUAACCAGCCUUAUAAUUAUUUUUUCGGAACUUUUCGACAUGAUAAGAAACGGUCACCACGCUUCCGACGAUCAGCAAGAACAAGCCGGCUGCAGUAAGCCGGGUAGCUCGGCGUGUAUGCAGGAGAAAAGAAAGCGGAUGGUCCGGUUGUGGUGCGACGGCUGCUAUGACAUGGUGCAUUAUGGCCACUCUAAUCAACUGCGGCAGGCUAAAGCUAUGGGAGAUUACCUCAUUGUUGGAGUGCAUACAGAUGCGGAAAUUUCCAAGCACAAAGGUCCUCCAGUAUUCACUCAGGAAGAACGCUACAAGAUGGUACGAGCAAUCAAAUGGGUGGAUGAAAUAGUUGAAGGAGCACCUUAUGUCACCACCCUGGAGACUCUGGACAAAUACAACUGUGACUUCUGUGUGCACGGAGAUGACAUCACGCUGACAGUAGAUGGCAAGGACACAUACGAAGAGGUGAAGUGUGCCGGGCGCUACCGGGAAUGUAAGCGCACUCAGGGUGUCUCCACCACCGACCUGGUGGGACGUAUGCUACUCAUGACCAAAGCCCACCACAGCAACAUGGAUAACCCAGAUUACCAGCAGCAUACUGACAACUUUGGAAAGAGUCCUACAGGCCGCAGCCCGUGGACGGGGGUGUGUCAGUUCCUGCAGACGUCCCAGAAGAUCAUACAGUUUGCUUCAGGAAAGGAGCCUCAGCCUGGAGACAGCAUCAUCUAUGUGGCCGGGGCAUUUGACCUCUUCCACAUUGGUCAUGUUGACUUCUUGGAAAUGGUCUACAAGCAGGCAGAGAGGCCGUACGUCAUCGUAGGUCUGCACUUUGACCAGGAAGUGAAUCGCUACAAGGGGAAGAACUAUCCAAUCAUGAACAUCCACGAGAGAACCCUGAGUGUCCUCGCCUGUCGGUAUGUGUCAGAAGUGGUGAUUGGUGCACCUUAUGCAGUGGGGAAGGACCUGCUGGAUCACUUUAAGGUGGAUAUGGUGUGCCAUGGCAAGACAGAAGUAUUUCCAGACAAGGAUGGGUCGGACCCAUAUGCAGAACCUAAGAAAAGGGGAAUAUUCAGGACCAUCGACAGCGGGAACAAUCUCACCACUGAUGACAUUGUCCAAAGGAUUAUUGAAAACAGGCUGCAGUUUGAAGCCAGGAACCAGAAGAAGGAGGCCAAAGAGAUGGCAGUGAUUGAAGCGAUGAAGAGGAGAGAGCAACAGGAGCAGGAUGAAGCUGCAGCUCAGGAUGUCCACUAGCGAGCUCGGGCAGUUUUAAGUCUGUUUUACUCGUCCAGGUGCACUCAGCUUUACGAGCCAGACGGAGAGUCCUCAGCUGGAUCUGACCAGUCUGUAACUAUAUUCGUCCAGUGGGUCGCAAAAUCCUGCUUUAAAUCUUCAAAACUGCAAUUAACUACAAAAUCCCUUUACUUCUUCUCCACAGAGAACUUAUUUUAUUCUUUGUCAUGUUUUGUCUUUCUCAUUUUUGUCACACACUACAAGCAAAAGUGAAAUGUUGAGUUUGUAAUUAUCCAUAACUUAUUGACAAAGCAUUAAGUGUCUUUGUCUGAUGUUUUUAGAUUUUUAAACAGAUUGGUUUUAAUGAUCAGUUUUAGAAUUAUCAUCUGUCAUGUGCGAUGUGCUUUGCUUUUAACAUAAUUCAGUUUUAGAGGUUACUUUGUUCUUGCCCAUCCUGUAAAAACACCACUCAUUAUUUUAUGAAUAAUCUGUGAAUUAGUUUAUGGAUUUUAAAAGAAUUUGCACUGUGUGUGUGUGUGUGUGUGUGUGUGUGAAUGGAUGGAAGUCAGUGGGUAAAAGGGUUAUAAAUGACAGUAGUGCCUCAUUCCUGAAUCGAUACAUAUUUUAAGGGCUGUGAUUUGUACGAUUCCACUCAGACAAAACCGCCCACGUGUCUCUGCAGCUGUCAAAAAAGCUAAGGAUAUUUGGAGGUUUUUGGGUUUUUUUUUAUGUGGGGUUCUGUGAAGUUCUCCAUGUUCAGGCUUGUAAGAGCGCUCAUGGUUUGGAGAAGAAUUCAUUUUCUCCAAGUACUUAAUGCAACCAGUUUUAAAAAAAACAAACAAACAAAAAAAAACUAAACAUUUGUAAGUCUUUCUUUCUUUGGUUAUCUUCAAAUAAUGUUUAAAGGACAAAAGAAAAGCUAAAGUAUGUAAUUUUCUUCUCCUUUGUUGUGCGACAAUCCAAAAAUCUAACGUCUCAUGGUGAAGCUGUCAAAGAUUACUGUUGCUUUUCCUAUUAACUGAAAAUGAAUGUGUUUGUGGGUUAGCAGAUGGGAUGAUGGUGGGGUUAUAACUUAGACUUUGGAGGUUUUCGCAGCUUGUCAGUAACUGUAUGUGUGUGUGUAAAAGGUGGCUCCAUGAAAUAAACGAGUGUUAAAUGAAA